GGUGGCUGCACAGUUUUUGCCAACACUCGUUUCAUUCCAUCUUCUCGACAUCAACACAAAUUACAAACGGGAAAUCCCAGCAGCUCUGUUAGGCUUAAAACACUGAUAGCGGGCCGCAUUCAUCUUGUAUUCAUGCUGUAGUUGAGAGCAAACAAAAAUCGAAGCAAUGUUUCUAUUAACGAUCGCAGUUUUGGCUCUAUUUGGCGUACUGAAAAACUCAAAUGCAGAAAUUCUUGGCAAUCAAACAGUGAGAGAUAUUCUCCUCAAGAACAAAUGCUUAUGUCCCUGUGGCGCGUCAUCUGGUCUUUGGAAGAAUUUCCUGAUUCCUUACAGUGAGGCCAACUGGUUCGAGGCAGUUUCCUACUGCAGUGAGAUCGGUAUGUCGAUACUUCAGAUCAGUAGCAAAUACGAUAACAAGGAUCUGCAGGAUUGGCUGAACGAGAACGGUGAAGAGUCAGCGGCUAGCUAUUGGAUAGGUGCAAACGAUUUGGCAACCAGUGGCGUUUAUAGGUGGGGAUUGACCAACAAACGGGCCUCUCUCACCCAAUGGGCCUCUGGUGAACCGAAUUCUGCGACAAUUCGGGGUGAAAUUGAACACUGUGUGGAAAUACGCGCGGACACGUUGGAGUGGAACGAUUCUUUGUGUUCCAAACAGCUAAAAUUUAUUUGUGAAAAGUUCGUUGAAUAGACUACAUUUACAGAAACAUAGAUAAUGCUUGGCACAUAAGA